GUUACGCUCCGUCCGUAGGUUCUUAUGAUUACGUCUGUGUAUAUAAUACUCGCACUCACACUCACUCGCACACAAACACAUGCAAACAAAAAUAAAAAUUUCUUUCGCGUAUCUCGCGUUUGCGCCACGAGUGUGUGUUAAAUCAUCGAUAAUGUCAAUACUUCGAAAGUGCAAGUUUUAAUAAAAAAAAUGAAUACGUGAUGCCGUGAUAUUGACGAGUUGAAAGAAAAAAAAAACAUUGAGUAAAGAAUAAUCGUGUACUAUAUGUUGAUGCUGUACAGUGUUCCCCGGUGCCAGUGACAAAGCAAUUGAAUAUUUCAGAGUGGGAAAAACAACAACGAAGUAAAAAUAAAAAACGUUUCAGCAAGAAGUGAGAGUUUAGAAAACAAGUGAAUUGGUUUUUUUUUUGAAAAAAUAGAACGAAGAGGAGAGUGUAUCGAGUAUCGUAGAGUGUAUUAUGAAAAAGUCGAGUAAGCACCGAACGGGUGUGGGUAACAUUUCGACGGUGUGCCUGUCCGAGGCAAAAACGGACAGAGCCGAUACUCACGAUAAUCUUACGAAUUUUUACAUGAAGGAACAAGACAUUCCUGAGUAUCUCGAGGACUGCGGUCUCACAACUUGUUCCGCCGGCGUCGAGAUGCCCGAAGCUCUCGAAGUAAUACGCUCAGGCGAAGCUAUGAAGGAGCACGCGAAGGAGAAAAAGUUAUCGGCCGCUUCGAUAUCAACAUCGGAAACGAAAAAAACAGUCACGGUCAAACAUCCCGAGUCCAAUAAACCAAAGCCCACGGCUAAAAAGUGUAAACCCAUUCAGGCUGACUUGGACGUCGCUAAGGAAUUUAUAAGAUGUCGAGACGAGUGUGUGACCCGCCUGGAUCUCAGUAAAUCCAGCAUCACGAAUCUUCCAAAUACCGUACGAGAUUUGUCGCUGCUAGAAGAAUUUUAUCUCUACGGCAACAAACUGGCGACCUUACCUCCUGAAAUUGGUUGCUUGACAAAUUUAAAGACUCUAGCCCUCAGCGAAAAUUCCCUCACGAGUCUACCUGACUCGCUGGAAAAUCUGAAACACCUCAAAGUUCUGGACCUCAGGCACAACAAGCUCAACGAAAUACCCGACGUUGUUUACAAGCUAACUUCUCUAACUACUCUGUUCUUGCGCUUCAACCGUGUCAGAUAUGUCAGCGAAAACAUUCGUAACCUCACUAAUCUGACAAUGUUGAGCUUGCGGGAAAAUAAAAUAAAAGGUUUGCCCGCCGGCAUAGGCAAACUCGUUAAUCUCAUAACUUUUGACGUUUCCCACAAUCAUCUGGAACAUUUGCCGGAAGAGAUUGGCAAUUGCAUACAACUUUCCACUCUGGACCUGCAGCACAACGAGCUCCUCGAUAUUCCAGAAACAAUUGGUAAUUUAACGGCAGUGACGAGACUGGGACUUCGUUACAAUCGGCUUUCCUCCAUUCCUAAAUCUCUGGCUAACUGCAAAUUAAUGGAUGAAUUCAGCGUGGAGGGUAAUCAGGUAUCUCAACUCCCGGAGGGCCUUCUCUCCAGUCUCCCCGAUUUGAAAACCAUUACGCUCUCCAGAAACGCCUUUGCUGCUUAUCCGUCCGGGGGACCCUCCCAAUUCACGAACGUUUAUUCCAUCAACCUCGAACACAAUCAAAUUGACAAGAUACCAUAUGGAAUAUUCUCCAGAGCCAAAAAUCUUACCAAGCUCAACAUGAAGGAGAAUCAAUUGACUGCUUUACCGCUGGAUAUUGGCGCUUGGGUCCACAUGGUGGAGCUCAAUCUUGGUACGAAUCAAUUGACUAAAAUACCUGACGACAUACAGUGCCUGCAAAGCCUCGAAAUUCUCAUACUCUCCAACAAUCUUCUCAAACGUAUACCCGCAAGUAUAUCGAACUUGCGUAAACUUCGUGUUCUCGAUCUCGAAGAGAACAAGAUCGAAGCGCUGCCCAACGAGAUUGGUUUCCUUCGUGAUCUCCAAAAGUUGAUACUCCAAUCUAAUCAACUUGCUUGUUUACCAAGAGCUAUCGGUCAUCUGGUGAAUUUGACUCAUUUAAGCAUCGGUGAAAAUAAUCUGACUUAUCUACCUGAAGAAAUUGGCACCCUCGAGAAUCUUGAUUCUCUCUACAUCAACGAUAAUGCUAAUUUACACAAUUUACCUUUCGAGCUCGCGCUUUGCACGAAUCUCAGUAUUAUGUCCAUUGAAAAUUGUCCUCUUUCGCAGAUACCUGCUGAAAUUGUUGCCGGAGGUCCUUCCCUCGUUAUACAAUUUCUUAAGCUCCAGGGCCCCUAUCGGUCGAUGUAACAAAAUUAGUGAGGGCGCGAAAGAGCCUGAUAGAAGACCGAACGAGGACAUGAUAUCUGUGCCGUUUGACGAUCCAGCCACCUCUUUUUGUGGUCGAUUUUGGAAAUUGUGUUUGUGCAGAAAGUAGCCAAAUGCUAGCGGUGCUUCCUUUCCUUUUAUCGGAUUCGCUGUACCUUCAAUUUCUUAUAUCCAAAGGUAUUUCUCAUAGCCCUGAUUCAGUGAACCAUUCUUAUUCAAUGGAAUUUUUGUAUCUUCCAAAUACUUUCAAACGAUCUACCCGAACAACAAUAUUUUUUAACAGAAAUUUCGAGCCAGAGCCUUUGAGAAAAAUGACAAUUCACUUGCAAGCUCCUAGCGGAGAAUUAUUAUUAUUUCUCAAGCCUCCGCUCGCUAAAUAUAAUCAUGUCACACAUAAGGAGUCGCAGGGCCGCAAAAAAUCCUAAAAUUCACAACAUCGAGAGUUGGCUGUUAGAUCUGAAAGAAGUGUAUCAAAAGGGACAAAGGGAUCGUGUCACUCGCACCCGAAGCUGAGUCCUUUCAUUUUGAUGAACCUGUAUGCUUCGUUCGGGAAAACCUCCAAAGUUUCACUUUUCUCAAGAAUUAAACGCAGAGAGAUAUUUCAUCAAAUUAUAUACGGCAUACAACUGGCAUAUCGGUGAUACAAACAAGAGUUGUGCUCCAAAAGUAUAAGAAAUAUUUCAAUGAGAACGAACUGCCUUUGAGCUGAAAGAAGAAGCUUCGGAGUAUGAAGAAUCAAAGGAGGAUCACUCGAUAUCAAUACCCAUUAAAUCACAGACAAGCUAUAAAAACAUAUAUGCAUACCGUAUAUCAAAAAAUCCAAAAAAUAUAUAUGGACUAUAGGCAUUAAAGUACAGUCGAAUCCCCUUAUAAGCCUGACCGCUAUAAGCCUCUUCCCUGUUUUCGACGCAGAGAGCUUCCCCCACUUUGAAUCAUUUUUGAGGUUUGCGUCCAACUGUCUCUUAGGGUUGCUACACCCUACAAUAAUAUUGCACAAUAUUUCUAUUGCGCAAUAUUAUUUAACGUGUAAGAAUAGUAUUGAAACAUUGGGCAAUGAUUGAACAUGAUUUUGAGCGAGUUUAAAUAUUAGACGCUCCAUACACUUUCAAUAAUAUUGCACAAUAUUAAUAUUCUGCAAUAAUGUGCAAUAUUAUGGUAGGGUGCGUAGCGGUCUUUAAUUAAAGCCCAGAGCAAAUUUCUAACUUCAAAUCGAUUUGUAUUAUUAUAUAUAUUUUAUAAUAUAUCAAUUAUAGUAUUAUAUAUAGAUAUAUAAUAAACCUCGUGCUUAAAGCGGAUUUGACGGCGCGUUAUA